CCGAGUAUCCGUCGUAGAAUCAGGUGUUGAGUGUAAACAAGGACGUGAGGAAAUCGUCUCCAUUUAACAUCUGAAGGGUUUACUUUAGUAUAGAAUGCCUCAAGAUGCUUUGGGGAGUAAAUCAAGCGGGAAAAAGAGGGCUGGAGGAGUCCCGCGUGUCCGAAGUCAUACAGAUGCUGAGCUACAGUACUACAGAGACCAAGAUCACGACAUCAUUCUUCCUGCUUCCUUCAGUACAUGCCAUUUUGGAACUAGGGCACGACUUCAUGACCUGUUCCUACAUAUAGAGAAGGAGUUUGAGGCUUUGUACACCGAAAACCUGGCACUGCAAGAGAAAGUAGAGAACCUGACGGAAAGACUCGAAAGAGAGUCCAUGAUUGGGGAGCGUACAAUAGGUAAUGAUGAGAAUGAUGCUGCAUCUACGAAGGGGGUGUUGAAGAACAAGUUGAGUGGACCAAGUUCACAGAAGGUAAAAGCAGCCAACAAACUUCGCGUCCAGACAUCCAAGAUUGUCUCAAGCUUUAAAAACGACAGCGUGUCUUGCCGUAUGGUGAGAGAGUACGUGGGCCACCGUGAUGGUGUUUGGGAUGUAGCAGUGUCACGAGGAGGCACUCCUGUCAUUGCGACAGCUUCUGCGGAUCAGACAGCUUGCAUUUGGGGUAUAGAUGGAGGGCGUAAUUUGCUCCAGUACACAGGUCAUAGCGGUUCAGUAAAUUCUGUCAAGUUUCAUCCAUCACAGGAUCUGAUUCUUUCAGCAAGUGGUGAUCACUCAGCUCACAUUUGGCAGGCAGCCAUUACUCCAGAUCAGCUGAGAGUGCAUUCAUCUGAGGAUGAGGUCGAUGGUAGUGACCGAGAAGAUGAAGACGACGGUGGCGGUAUUGGAGGAGGAGGACGUCUCAGUGACGGAGGAGGGGCAGCCUCACUCAGAACCCCUCUUAGAGAGCUGACAGGUCAUACCAGUGUGGUCAUUGCAGCUGAUUGGCUACCUGGUGGAGACCAAGCCAUCACUGCAGCAUGGGACAGAACGGCUAAUCUAUAUGAUGCCCAUACAGGAGAAUUGCUCUCACAACUGAUUGGGCAUGACCAGGAGUUAACACACUGUUGUUCGCAUCCAAUGCAGCGAUUGGUUGUCACAGCAAGUAAGGAUACUACCUUCCGGCUUUGGGAUUUCAGGGAGCCAAUCCAUUCUGUUUCAGUCUUCCAAGGUCACACAGAGAGUGUGACUUCCGUGUCCUUUACACGAGAAGACAAGGUAGUGUCUGGAUCGGAUGAUCGAAGUGUUAAGGUGUGGGAUGUCAAAAAUAUGAGGUCUCCUCUAGCCACCAUUCGAUUAGAUUCACCGGUUAAUCGGCUAGCAGUGUCAUCCACUAAUGUUAUUGCAAUUCCUCAUGAUAAUCGACAUGUGAGGCUGUAUGAUUUGUCUGGCAAUCGACUUGCAAGACUUCCCCGUAGUAACAGACAAUGUCAUCGCCGCAUGGUGUGCAGUGUAGCCUGGGGCGAUGAUUCCUUAGGAGCACGGUGUAAUCUGUUUACUGCUGGCUUUGACCGUGUUGUAUAUGGCUGGAACAUAAAUUCAUUUAAGGAAGGUAAAGAUUAAACAAGUAAGUUGGUAUUCGUACACUGGAAUCAUUUGGAUUUGUUUUUCCUUGUUCAUUUUUUGUACUCGGUAGUAAAGUACAUUUUUGUCAGUUUUACAUUCAAAGGAUAUUUUGUGUUCAUGAACCAAGUGGAAGUCAUGUUUUGUAUUGUAAAUGGAAUUUUUUGAUAUUUAUAUCUCUUUUACCUUAUUUCCCUUUUUAAGUUUGUGUUUAGAAUUGUGAUGAAGGGAUAAUCUUCCAUUAAGAAACACUUACACCUAAUCCUACCAAAGUGAAUUAUUGUGGGUCAGCAUCAGAGUUUGUCUGAACAUGAAUAUUCAAUGCUUGUCCAUCUUGAACUUUCUUUGGAGACGUCUCAGGAUACAAAUAGAUUUGAAUUAUAUUUUGUGCUUCUCAUGUAAACACAUGAGAUAUUUAAGUAAGAAUUUAAUGAAGUUGUACAAUUAAGUUGCAGUUAUUGCCAUACACUUCAGUAUUUCCAAAGGUGAUUAAUGGGUUCUUAUUAGAACUCAAACAAAUGUUCAACUUCAGUCGACUUUAUAAUAAUACUACAUACUUGUGUGGGAAACAUGAUGAUCCCUUUUUUUUCUGUCUUUGAUAUUUCUUCUGAAAAUUGACUUUUUUCCUUUCAUUAAUUUGUAAGGUCAAAGGAUUUAUUCAUUCAUUUAUAUGUGCAGGAAAUUUGUAAAUCAUAGUUUUAUUUAUAAAUAUAGGUGUAUAUUACCCACUGCAUCAUAGUUUUCAUUGUAAAUAUUGCACAAGAAAAAGGCAUUUAUGAAAACCAAUAUUCUUGAUGUUAUAAAAACAUGAAGAAACAUUAAGAAAUUUAUCAUAGACAGUAGUAUUUAUUUAUUCUUUAUGUGCAGUUUGUGCAUACUCUAAUAAUAAUGUAUAUCUUACCUCUUAUAUUGGGCAUUAUAUCAUAAGAUCAGUUGCAAAGUGGAACUCUUGAGGUCUGGUCAGGCCAUGAACAGCUUUGAGUGGACCCUUCUUGGGAGCAGCCUCGACUGGUUCCGUUUCCCUCUGCCUAAGGCAUGACCCAGUGGUGAAAUUGAACUCUUGGGAGACGUCAGCAAGAGAGGAGCUGGGACGUUUUGAAUGCUCAUCUCUAUACUCGCUGGGUUACUGUUAACUGUGACGUUCUCAAGCAUUUUCAUGUCAUUUUUGAUCAAUCCUUUCUUGCUUGACAACUUCGGAAGCGAUAGUUCCUUUGGUUUACCUUUGGCCACUUUGUUCAAGUUGGCCCUGUCCAGACCCAGAGAAGAUGUGAAGGAUCUUGGGAAGUGAGCUGCAUUGAUACGAUGCAAAGCUUUGGUUCUUUCUGCCAACCUUGGGGCAUGGCAGUAAGUGAUGAGCAAUUUUUUCUGGCUUUUUCUUUUCUUCCAUGAUGAAUUUCAAGUUACAUACUGUUCUGAUUUUUCUUUUAUCUUCCUAGAAAACCAUUGUUUUUUAUAGUUUCCCUGAUGGGCAGCUCUUUUGAUGUUAUCAGAGUUUUAUCAGGCUUCUUUACAUUGCCAGACAAUUUUAGCCUGGUGCCAGCAUUCAACCUGGAUGAAUAGCUAAGAGCCUUCUCCGAUGGUAGCAUAGGUGUCUGCAGGUCAGUCAGCUUUGCGCUGUCAUAUGAAAUAGAAGUAUAGGCAGCCUUCGGUUAACAGUGGGGGUUCCGUUCCCAGCCGAUGCUGGUAACCGAAAAUCGCUGCUAACCGAAAUCAGCGAUAACACCACUUAAAACCUGCUUAACAGGUGUUGCUAACCGAAUAUUGGCACCGUUAACCAGAGAUUAUCACUGCUGUUAACUAGAAAUUUGUGCUGCUAACCGGAUAUCGGCGCUGCUAACCAGAGAUUGGCACCGAAAAUCCAGUUAACAGCGUCGCUAGACAAGCGGCGUAAAACCGGAUAGCUGUUAACUGAUACUGCUGUUAACCCAAGCCUGCCUGUAUUGGAAUCGUUGUCAUCUGAAUGCCCUGAGGAUUCUUCUAAGAGCUUUUUGAGUCCUGCCAGCGAUGGCAGUGUAGGUUCCAAUCUGACUGGUUCAGUGCUGACGGGACCCAUGCUUUUCCUCGUCACUCACAAAACUUGAGCUGCCACCAACGUUUGUUGUCUUGACUUCUUCUUCUUGUCACCUUUUGCUUUUCUGGGAUGGCUGGACUUGAUUAAUAUUGUUUUCUUGUCGUUAUUUUGAGUUCCCUCUCAAGAAGCACCUCCCAAACCUCUCUCUUCAAAGUUUCGACAGUUCCCAAAACCACACGCCUACUUCUUUACUCUUUUCUUCCUUAUUGAAGACUCAAUCUUCUAAGAUUUCUAAGACAUCAUCCCAAUUUAUGCUUUUACCAGCCCAUCUUUUACUCUCCUUUCGUUUCAUAUUAAAUUUUUAUGUACUUUUUCUGGUAUUGUUACCAAAAGCUUUUUCAUUAACUUCUCAUACUGUUCUAUUCCUUUAUCCCCAAACUUCUUCCUCACUACUUAAUCCAUAAUUAUCAUCAUCUACCCAAUUAUCCUUCUCUUUUAUCAAAUCACCUCCAACAGCUCCCAAGUCUCUUCUUUUUUCAUAACUCCUGUGUAUAUUAACAGGAAAGCAGUUCACAAUUUUAACACAAAGGGAGAAUAAAAAGAUGGUUGACAACAUUUAGGUACAGUACGUACCUUGUAAGGUAUUGUGACUUAGCCAUGUUUCGUUAUGGUUACGUAUUGUGAAAAUUAGCAUAGUUAUCAAUUAAUAGUUUAACCAGACCACCAGGUUAUUUUUCACAAUCCUCCAGUUUGGGAAGUAUGGAAUACAUGUAUGUUUCACAAUAAUUUAGAAAGUGCUGUUUCAGUCGCAAUUUAGGUCCCCAUAAUUAUAUAUUUCUUUUACUAUAAGAACUUAAGAUAAAUCUUCAUUGUAUCAGUUGUCCCCAGAGUUACUUAAUAAAUCUUUUUGAUCAGUCAUAGAAUUGCAUUGUUGUAUAUUCUGUAAGGUAACAGACUCAGAGAUAAUUAUUUGAUCUCAGGAAAGAAGAAAGACGAGAACUUAUGUUGUUUGAGUUCCCUAGUGAAAAACUUAUUUUUUAAAUUAUGACAGUGUGUAUAACCUUGUACUUAUUGAAAUAUGAUCAUUAUUGUGUCACAUUUGUAACUUAUAUCAUGCUAUGUCCAUGAAGUAUGAAUUUCAGUAGGUAUGUGUGGUUUAUGUUAGAAAUUUUGGAAAAAUAUUUUGUGAAUUUAUUGUAAGUUAUUUCCAGUUGUAUACUGAAAACCAAAUAGCUGAUAAGCAGGUGCAUAGGACCUUCAUCAAAAGCUAUAUCAUCAGUUAUAUAAAAUUUUUGCUUAUAUGAUGUUUAAUAGAAAAGAGUGAAUUUAACAUUUUUGUACAAUCUGAGCCUUGUGUCAUGGAUCCAGACACAUGUCUUUUCCACUAUUCAGAUGACUUCUCUUCUUUCCCACCGUUAUCCCUACAUUAAGGGGUCGGUUGCCUGAUGGACCUUCUCCACUGCCUUCUAUCAAAGGCUGCAAGGCUGCAGUUUCCACAGUUAUUGGCGGUGUGGGCCUAGCCUUUUGCUAAAAAAGUAAGACUGCAAGGCAGCAGCCGUCCUUUUAGUUGCCUUUUACGACAUACAGGACCUACGGUGGUAGUAUUCUUGCACCCCUACCACAGGAUCAUUUCCACUAUUCAGAUGACUGGUCUCUAAUUAAUGUUUGUGUCAGCAAUUAUCUAACUAGCUAUUUAUAAUCCCUAUGGACUUGUAGACCCUCAAAAGACUCAGAAUUAGGUUGGGCACAACCCUGCCAUCUUGUCUUCCAUGGCACAUACAGGAGCUGGAUUGCCUUUUCCUAGACAUCCUUUUAUUUCAGUCAUUCCUAUUGAUAUAUGUGUUGUACACCUUCAGGAAUUAUUCUUAUUCUGGUGCCAGGUCCUAGCAAUCAGUGGUUUUCUUCUCCUUGAUUCCCCUUUAUCACCACUAUCACUGCUAAAGUUCAUCCUCUCCAUGUUGAGGUAUCCUGUGGACUGGUGUGUAUUUUUGUUGUUCUCUUCAUGGUCAUUUUCUUCAGAGCCCCAGUCCAAGGCUUAGGGAUCAAGCAGCAACUUUUAGCAGAAGUAGUUUUUAAUAGUGUAUGUAUUUUACUGAUUAUAUAAAGAAUAGAAUGAAUUCAUUCCUUCAAAAUUGUUGGAAUAUAAAAGAUGAUAAAAAUGAUGAUAGAAUUAAGCUGCAUAGAGGAACUGACAAUUUUCUCUCUCUCUCUCUCUCUCCGUCAUUUGCCAUGUAGCCACAAGUAUUAUUCAGUAACCCAGCUUUUGUCUUCGUAAAGUAUGCCUUUGACAUAUCUUUCUUUCCUAAAAACAUACAAAGCAUUGUACUGUAGCUACCAAUCAGGCAGCAAAUAGGUCAGACUGGUGGCUUUAGUCUUUCUACCCUUCUAGACAAUAGCGCAAGUUAAAUCGGUUACAAGUUUAAAGCAUUUUAGUUUAGUACAGUAUAAAUAUAGAACUGUAUAUAAAAAACUAAAAUGUAAAUUAAAAGUUUAUUUACCUUUGGUUGAUAAAAAGGAAAACAGUACACGAUGAGCAGAGGAACAGUAACUACUAUCUUGAAUCAUGGAAGAACAUGCAUAUUUUAAUUCAAUUGGCUUACCCUCUUCAGUAUCUGUCUUAUCCGAUAUCUGGAUUACGUGUAGUGGGGUCCGGUUUAACAAUGGUUGACUGUAUUUAAAACCCUCGUACAAUGCUUAGAACUGCCUAUUUUGAUAGUUUAACACAAGAAAAACCAUCUGAAACUACUUAUAUACCAAAAUAUUUUUGUAGUUUUAUCACAAAAAGUGCAUAUGUUCCUUAGAAAAACCUGUGAUUAGCAGAGUCCGUGAAUCGUGAGAACUCGAAUGCGGUGAGUCCACUGUGUUGCAUUUCUUUGGCUAUGGAAAUGCUUUGUUUUAUCAGGUUAACAUAACUGGUAGAUGAAGACACCUAGCUAGAGUUAAUUAAAAGUUGUAUUACCUUGAAUGACUUUGUAAACAUGAAAUCAUUUCUUAGAAUCUCAGUAUGUCACAAAGCUUUUUGACUGGUGGUUUGGCUAAACUAUUAUUUCAAAUUGAUUCCCUGUUAAAGGAAUAUACUCAUUAGGUUCAGUUGUAAAAUAUAAUGACAAUGGUGGGCAUUAUUAUAAUUAUUAUAUCUUGCAGGAAAUUUAUAUCUGAUAUGAGCAGUGCUUGUUUUUUCAUCUAGUGAAUCACUUACAAUUAUCUCUUUCCAUUACCAAUUGAAAAAAAUUGCAUGAUAAGGUGUAUGCUUAUGUCAUUUUAUUUAAUAGUGUAAGCUUUACAUGAAUAAGACCUAGUAUAAUGUAAUGUGUGUAUAUAUAUACUGUAUACAUUUUGUGUAAAGAAUUUACUUCUCUAAAAAUAUAAUCUUGUACAGUUUCAAUUAUGUAAGCAUUGCUGUACUUAAGGCAGAAAGUGUCUGAAGUCACAGGUUAAAAUUAUUUGAAGUGUAUGUAUUAGAAAGUGAUCACUUUUUACUAAUGAAAAAUCUAUUGAUAAUGAAUUUAUUGAAGGAAUAUAAAGGAAUACUAAAAAAGUGAUGAUGACAAUUAUUCAAGAAAAUGUACCACCCAAGAUUAAUUCAGUCCUGUCACUUCAUUCCAUGGUCUUUGAUGGGAAUUAGCUUGGCUGAUUAUCUUUGCUUAUGAUUAUUACGAGUGAAUUAUCAUUAGUAAACAGUAAUGCAGUGUACUGUACAUUAUAAGAUGACAACCCUGUCCAUGGUAUCUUGCACGUUAGGAUUAGAUAUUGAGAGCAGGCUUCUCGCUGUAAUGAAUGUGAAUGAUUUUAUUUCCUAUAAGGCUGUGUCUUAAUGGUAGACUUUGGUGGAGGUACAUAUCGUAACCCAUAAAUUAUGAGAUGAUCUCAAGGUCCAUUCAGAAUAACUUGUUUGUAGAAUUUUUGAAAUUGUGUUGUGUAUUUCCAGAAGAAUAUUUUAUUUUGUUUUGAAGUCAAAUAUGUAAGUAAACUGUAUAAGUAAAAACUGUGAAAGGACAAAAAAAAUCAAAUGUAAAAUUAUUAACAGAAGUUGUAAAGCAAUUCACCUAAGAAGAAAUACAUUGAAGAUACAGUGAUGGUUUAGAAUGUGCAAUUACACAUUAGAAGAGAGUAAGGUUGACAAAGGUUGGCUUUUCGUAUAAGGUCUCAAAAGUUCUGUUGGUUUCUUCCUGCAGAAAAGAUAAUAAGACAGUAAAAGCAGGGAUUAAAGUGGAGAAUAGUGCAUACAUUACCCUUUCAUCCUAAUGCUUGUUUUAACGGCUCAAGACCAAUUACUUCUUUUCAUGCAUUAUAUUGGAAAUGUUUUGGGGUCAAAACCAACUAGGAUCGUAAUAUCUUGUGGGAUAAUUUAAUCAUUGUCAUAAACAAUGUGUGGGGAAAAAAUAAGAAUUUUAAUCAGUAGUUUUAUCUUCACGUGCGCAAAUCUAACUUUAGUUAGAGGAAAGUAAUAUCUGUGUCAGCUGUAAGAAUGAAUAUGUAUCUGAGUAAAGUAAUUUUUCAAGUGUGAGUAGUAUAGGUAUAUUAUCUUCAGCUCAUUAAAUUGCAAAGGUUUCAUUUCAGUAGAUUUUGAUCAAUGAAAUCAAUUUCAGCCAUAGCAUAGCAUAGUUAUUGUGAAGUACAGUGCUUUUAAAUUAAACUGUUGUAGUGAAAUAACAGUUGAUUAAAAUAUGUCUGUCGUCCAGUACUGCUGAUUGAUUAUUAUGUGGUUAAUCAAAUCAGGAUAAAUUUUUUGUUACCAGAAGAGGCUUAUAUAUUUAAACUUGAUUUACUGCAUAUGAAUUUCGAAAUGGCAUCUGAAGUGCCAUCUGUGUUGGUAGGUAUGGUAAUCCGUCCAGUACCACUUUUGCCUGAAAUGGACUGGAGUUUGUUUUUCAUGAGAUUUUGAUGUUCCUCUACUGUUUUUUAUUGGAAAAUGUUGGCAGGCUUAUUGCUGUUAUAGUUUCUGUCUAAAUUUCCAACAAACUUCUAAAUAUCUUACUGGUAGCCAUUCAUGUCGUAAAAUUUCAGGAAGCUUUGAGGUAGAUGAUUUGCAGGGCUGUUAUUCAUAGCAAAAUUGUUGUAACAGCUGUUAUUAAAAAAAGGUCAGGCUGCUAGUGAGUACUAUCAGGUUAGGGAAAGAUGAUUUUAUUUUUACUCUCAGAAGGCACAGGUACAUGUGACUGGUAGUCGCUCUUAGUAUUUUUUCCCCAAGCAUUUUUGUAAAACUUCAUUAUGAGUGAUUGGAAGCCUUUCUUUGUCUUUUAGGUUUGAUGAAGUAAUUGGUAAUGUUCUGUGUACAAUAUUCUUAUAAAAUUUAUCCAGAUAGUCUAUGGUUUUAUAUCUUUUCAUUCAGCAAUGACUGAAUUUCUUUUCCUAUACAUAAUUUUAUCAUCAUUCAGGGAAAUAAAAAUUCAUGUGUCACAAUUUUACCACAAAUUUGGUAAGUGGAAACAUUUGGUUGAGUUUUGAAAUUAAGUAAAAUGUAUACUCAUGGGUCCUUCACAAGUUAAACAAAUUGAGUUUACUCAAGGAAAACUAAAUUAGUUUUAAAGCUGAGCUUUACAUGAGUAAUUUUAUAUGGGCAACUUACCAAGUAAUUACAUAUCUAUUAGUUUCACUUAUUCACAGCAGUUUAGUGUCACAUUUCGCAUUAGCGACACUGAUACUGAGUGUGUUAGGAAUGACUCAGCAGACCAUACUCAUUCUGUUUCUGUGACUCCUGGUGAUAACACUGGGUGUCAUUAGCAGAUGUUCAACUUUACCAGUUAUUUACUGGACUUCAGUAUCCAAACUGAAAGUAAAGUAGCAUCAGUUAAAAGUGCCAGGAUGAUUUUUCCCCUGUUUUAUUAUUUCUUAAUGCAGUAGUACAUCAAUAGUUUGCUUGUAUACAGCAAAGUUGUAGUUAAUUAACUACCCUUUGCUGAGUGAUGGACUAUAACGUAAACAUUGGUUUGUCGAAUUGAUAAUUACAGUUGCUACGGAACUUAUAUUGUUGGAGAAUACUGUUUCAGUAACAAACUUACAAUCUUUCGAUUAACUCAUCUUUACGACAACUUAUGUAACAACGUAAAGUUUUGCUGAUUUGAUAGACAAGUAGUGUAAUAAUGUAAACAUUGCAUUUGCUAUUAACUUUAUCCAGUAGCGUAAUAACAUAAACAUUACAUUCGUUACCAGACCGAUUUUGGUUUUGAAUUUUAUUUUUGCAAGGCACUACUUGCAGGAUUAUUAUUUACUGGUUAGUUAAUAAAUUUAUCAUUAUGUUUUUCACCCUUUCGCUUAGUAGCGAAUUUGCAGUCUAUAGCACGCUACUGCAGCGAAAUUACAGUAAAUUUAAACUUAUUACCCUUUCCUUUUCAGAAUUGUUUAAGUGAAAGGCUAUAAUGUAGCAGGAGAGAGUUUUUAGCUGUGAUGGGUUUUCGAGAGACCGUCUGACUAAGAUCCUAGUAAAAGCAAGAACAGAAAAUAAAAUAUUCUUAAUUGUCUUUAAAGCACUGAAAUAUGAUGAACCAACAUUAUUGAGAAACCAUGACUAUACAAAUACCAUGAAGAUCAUGCAAUAAGAAAGCAAGUUUUAUAAAGAACUAAAGUCUCUUCAAUUCUCCAGGAGCUAUGAUACUGAUGAGAAAAUAAUUAAGACAGUUAUGAAAUAUAAGAAGCACCUUAUAUUGAAAAUGUACAAGGCCCAGCCAGAGAUUGAAUCAUCCUUCUGGAGGGCUGUACAUAAAACCAACCAAAGUAAACAUAGUGAAUGUUGCUUUAGGGUCCUGUCUUUAGUAAUAUGGUUCCUCUAGAUUAAGGCAUGCUUUUCAUACAGGCGCCCGAGUUUCCAUUAGCACUGAUUUCCCAUGGGAGCCGAGUGCUCAGUGUCAACAGAGCUCCCGCUGGGAGUCGAGUGAGCCCCCCAAUGGUGCCGAGCGACAAUCGUGGCCCAACGCCUAUGGUGCUGAGUGCCCUGUGGGAGCUGACCGUUCAGUGUAGUAUAUAUGCUACACAGGUACCGUCUACAGCUUGAAUUGUUUACCUUUAGUACUUGGGCACUGAACUCCAGAUAACACUUGGCAUCAGCUCUUUAUGCUUUUCUCUCCUUCCACUAGCCCCCUUCUUUUUUAUCCACUUGCUCAGCGCCUGGCUCCCUCACUUCCUUCCCGUACCAUUGGCAGUUUGUGUUUAGGUUAGCAAUGUUAACCCUAUGAUAGUGAGUGUUGUGCAGUGGAAGAGGUGGCUAUUCGUCCCUUGAUUCUAGAAAGAAGGUCCCUGUCAGACUCCCUUAAACCUGGGAGGAAGUAAACUGGAAGUCCAAGGGAGUUUGGGGGUUAUCACACGAGUAGUCGCCCCCUCAGUCUAACCUGUUGCCGGUCCCAGAUAUUGACAGACAGCCACUGGAAAGGCAUCUUUCUGGAUGUGUAGUGGAGGAUGCUCUGAGGAGAAUAGAUUUUCCAUUCUGUUUGAAUGUUCAGGUUUGAAGGCCAUCCAGGAACUAUGUUGUUCAGGUUUGAAGGCCAUCCAGGAACUAUGUUGUUUUAGCAAGUGCUGGUCUCCUCUUCUGAUUAGAACUCUUGAUGGCAACUACAGUCUGGCUCCAGCUCAUACUCUUGGAGCCCAAAGUGCUCCAUAGCACUGAGGAGGAAUAGAGAGCUCUCUACGUGGCUGAAUGGUCUGGUAUUUCCUAGAAAUGGAAUCCCAGGCCAGUUAUCACCGAGGAUGUUAUGGCAAGAACUUGUCUCGUCCUCUGACUAGAACAUCUUGCCCUUUACCCUAAUGGACUUUAUCUUCUGAGACACUCAGAUGUAGGAGAAGCAUUUUUCUCCUUCUAGCAAAGCUAGAGGUGGUAGAACAAUCUUUACCUCAAUAGCUUUCAAGCACUAUAUAUAGACAGUCCCCGCUUAUUGGGGGGGUUCAGUUCUGACAGCUUAAUGACAAGCGAAAAUUGCCGAUAACCGAAAAUCGGUGAUUUUCAGCGUUUCUCGGUGCCGAUAACUGAUUAAUGGCACCUUGUUGGGUAUGUAUCAGUGCCAAUAUGUACUCUAUUAUCAGCAUGGAUAACCAGAAAUCAGCGCCAGACAAGUGCCAUAAAACCAGAUCGCCGAUAACUAGGGACUGCUUACGUAUAUCUAAUGUCCAUUCAACAUUCAACCUACCAGUAGUAUGAUUGUGCUUUGUUUCUCAUGAUUUUGAGAGAGCUUUUAUAAAAGCUAAAGACAGUAGAACAAUCUUUACCUUGUUAACUUUCAAGUGCUAUACGUAUAUAUAUGUCCUUUCGAAUUUCAACCUACUAGUAGUAUGAUCGUUCUUCGUUUCACAUGAUUUUGAGAGAGCUUUUAAAAAGUUUUUAAAAUUUUGCAGUACCUUGUGAAUUUUAGUAGUGAAGCACCAGAGUUUCGGGAGCCGGGAAGGUACAAUGUACCUGGAGCACCUGGCACUCUUAGUGCAUGGGUUGUGGUUUACUUCAGUGUAGGUGACAACAUUAUCUUGUUGUUUUUAUAGUACUGUGUCCAGGGCAAGGGCCCCUGAAACUUCAACUAGCCAUUGGAUAGUUCCAUGGCUACAUGACUUUCACUGAUGCAUUGGUAGCGAUUUGAGUACUCCUCUGUUACAAAGCUCCCCCUUAAGUAGAGGCGGCCCUUGGCUUUACUGCUGCGCCACUCCGGUUCAAGUUAAGCAUCAACCAGAGGCAGUCUUUGCUGCAAGCUCUUUUGAGUAACAAGGAAUGACAACCAUUGUUUUCAAUGCUAGCAGCUUUUAUACUUCUAAUUCAUUACAUGACUUAAUGUUUUAGAGUAGAAUAUGUCCAUUUAUCCCAUCUCUUGUCAGUGUGGGAAUCAGCUUUGUAAUUACUUGGUAAGUUGCUUUUAUAAAAAUGACAUUUUUAUAAUAAAAUCAAAUUGUAUAAAAUAUACUUACCAAGUAAUUACAUGAUCAAAGCCCAUCCUCCCUCCCCUCUGAUGGACAUAAGCAUAAACGGAAUGAGUAUGAUCUGCUGAGUCGUUCUUAACCUCUCACUAGGGGCUGAGACUAGUGUCGCCUACAUAAUAUCGGUGUCACCAGUGCUGCAAAAUUUGAAUCUAAACUGCUGCAAAUAAAUGAAACCUUAGCUAUGUAAUUACUUGAUAAGUAUGUAUAUAAAAUUUUAUUUUAUGAUAAAAAUGUCAUUUUUUUUUUUAGUGCCAAAGAUAAUUUUUGUGUAUAAAUGUAAAAUAUAUGUAUGCGUGGUUUAUUAGUGUAUAUUCAGAAAUCAGCAAUGGUGAGUCCUGCUUUUGUGUUCAGAGGUCAUCCAGAAAUAGGUGUAGUUCUUCAUGCUUACUCUGGAAGAGAAAUUUCACCUGGGGAAUGAUGAAAGUCAAUUAAUGCUAAUAUAUACCUGUAAUUACAGACCUGCCAUAACUCUCAUAUGGUCCAGAAGUCAUGUUUAUUUAGUUUUUACAGAUUUUUUUGGAAUAAGUAAAUGUGGAAAGUUGUUUUAUUUGGAUUGGGGUUAGGUCAUGCCAGGAUAUUGCAGUUAAGCUUCUUACAAAUACAAUUUAUAGUCACUUCACACUUCCAGAUUUCAUUGUCUGGAUAUCUCCUAGUUUUUUACCUUUUGCACCAGAAGUUUAAAGGUCAUUCAGGAACUUGCCAUUCCGUGGUAACUAUUCUUCUGAAUUUGUUUUUAUAUUCCUUUGAAUAAAUGGCUUUUGAUAUUGUAGCAGUUUGUAGUAAUCUGUACAGUACUCUGUCCAAGAAAACUAUAUUUGCGUGCAUGGUUUCAUCACAUGAAUGGUGUGAGAAGAAAAUUGAGUUUUGAGAUGGUUGAAGAUAAUACGUAGCAGUUUAGCUGCAGACUUACCGUAGUUCAAUAAUCUGUAAUUAUUUAAAGCUGAGCUGAAUGUAUUAGCAAAGAAGUAUUUUCCAAGUUAAAGGAAUUCUCUGGUGAAAAGAAUGUCCCAGUUUUCAAGUAGUACAAUAUAUAAACCCUUUAAUCUGAAGAAUAGUGAAACACAUUUGAUUGCUGAAGAUUGCUGGAGCCUUAAGAUUGAUUGAAAGAUUAGAACAAAUCAGGAUUUGCAUAUGGUUGGCGUCAUAAGAAGCAAAGAUUUAUUUGUAGAAUUCUAUGAUGGUUCAGUUAUGCCAAGAAUUUAGUUUCAGUGGUUGUAUAGUAAUGAGAAUUCUUUUGGAUAUCACGGAGGGUAGCUAAGAGAAUUAUAGCUAAAUAAUGACCUUUACGUUUGGGCUUGAUCAUGUAAGUUCAGGGUGUUGUAGUCUCAAGUUCUUCUAUUCCAUUCCUAUUUCCUAGUGAAAGAUUAUUUUUGGUUAGCUUUUUGGUGAAUGUGACCUUUGUAGGUUGCAAGAAAGCACCAGUAUAAGUUGUCAUUAUAGUCACAAUUAAUCAGAUUGGGUUCAGCUGGCAAACACACAUACUUUAGUAUAGGUUCAUAUCCUUCAUAAGGAAAUUCUCUCGAGAGGGAUGAACAACCAGAAUCCUGUAUUAAAUUGUAGAUGCUCCUAGUGCCAUUUGUUAAUGCUUUAUAUCCUAAAAUGUUCUGUUUACUUCAGAAGAUGAAAUGGCUUUGGUAGCUUGUUUCAUUCUAGUAGUCUUUACGUGUUGUUAAUGUUGGUUUGUUUUAGUAAUCAAAAGUAUACUUGUUGAAUUAAGUUGCCUCUUAUGGCCUAAGAUGACCAUAUUUUUUCUUGUGUGUUUAUCAGAAUAUUUAUAAAAUAAAAUAAGAUAAAUUAGCAGUCAUGUAUCAUUAACAAUAUAUAGAUAACUUGUGUGAUUUUCAUAAUUCUAUCCCUGAUUUGCGGGUAAUUUCAUUCAUGAUCAGUGUGCAGUUAGAAAUGUAAUUCAGAUAAAUUUUUCUUUAUGUAAGGAGACUACUAUUAGAAAAAGCUGCCAAAAUCAAGAUUGGUCAGAAAUUUAUCUUUUUGACUUACGUCUUGCCAUAAGUUACCUCUGUGUGAUGUUUUCGUUUUGACAGAUUUUUUAUGGUUUCUUAUGGUUUUAUUUAUAUCAUAUGCUAAAUAUGACCGUUUGACGUAAUUUAGGAGUAAAAGAUGGCACAGCAUGAUCUAGAUAAAAGCAAACAUUUGAAAUAAAUGAAAAAAGGAAACACAGUCUGUCUCUUCAGCCACAGUUAUGAUAUAUUGUCCUCAGUAUUAAUAACAACCACCAAUGAAGCUUUCCUAAAACUCCCAGUAAUUAGUAGGAAUUGGACAUCAUUCCGACCAAGUCCCUACUGUAGGAGCCAUUCCUCAUUUCAGUUCAAAUUUCAUCACCCAAGAUUUGUUUGCAUGUUUGUGUAUAAAGUUAGGGUUGACAAAGUUCUGUUGACAGAGUUAUGUGGGAUGUGAAACCAUCUAAAUGUUGAAUCCCUUCGAUAAAAAUUAUGCAGCCUUUUGUGCUUUAUGUGUGUGAUGAUAAGCCAGAUUUUUAAGCAAACUUGUAAAUAACUGUUAUCUGCUUCACUGGAGUACAUUGUGUAGGUCACACCAUAUAUUCAUUCAUUUAUCAUUUUAUUCUCAGUGUAUAGUCACCCAUUUCCUUUCAAAUAGUUGUAUAGAAUGCAGUUAAUAUAUUACAUUUUAUAGGAACUACCUUGGUUUCUGAAAUGAAUGCUAAAAAGAAUACAUAUUUUAAGUUUUUUUUUCCCUAGAACUGAUAAUCUGUGAAAUUUUUGUUUUUCAAAUGUACAGUGAAAUUAAAUAUAUUUGAUUUUAUAUAUAUAUAUACACA